UAUUCAUACAUGCCACAUGAUAAGGUCUUCAGUCGUCGUGACAACUAGCUCUAAUAGAGAUGGGGUUAGAGUGUGCUCCUCCUCUUCGGUACAUAAAGUGUUUUUGCUUUGAUGUAACCUUCCACUCUUUCCAUCUUUACCUCUUUGCACCACUGGGACUGCCAGCAUGUCUACAGGCUGUGUGAGGUCACUCUCAGAGACAGCCGAGCACAGACUCAACAAGCAGGAGCAUCCCUAUGAGGAUACUGAGAUGGACAGUCAAAAGCUCAGAAGCUCUGAGGACAAUCAGCAAGAAGAACUGGGACAAAAGAAGCCACGGAGGAAAGACACGCCUGUGCUGAACUCCCCCCCUCUCAUACCAGGGGUAAGGUUAAUGAAAGGAGAAACACGUCUAAUUCACUUGGAAGAUGAAGAAAAGGAGACAAAGAAGUAGCUGUAUUUUUUGAUUUUGG